UCUGCACAAGUUUUGAGAAAUCUCCCCUCACAGCCAUGACAUGACAAGCCUCCCUGCAGUUUCCUAGACCGCCACACGGGGCGCAUCCCCUUCCCCGCCGCCGCCGCACGGAUUGCUGCAGUACAAUGUCAGCGCUGUGUGCCCGUGGGACGUCGGGGGUUGCGGGGUGCAGUCGGGUGUUCGGUGCCCGGCGGCUCUGCACCCCUCCACCUCAGCAGCCGCCGUCGCCGGGCACUGAAUGUGGGGCAACCAAAGGGGAGCACGGAGCACCGGAGAAAGUGGACAACAAAGCCCAGCUAUGGAGCCGCUACCACGAGAUGAAGAAACUAGUGUAUGAUCUUCUUCCUCCCGGUGUAUGCAAUCUGCUGAAUCCAGCAACCAUAUGCUCCAACAAUGAAAUCUGUCUGGGAGACAUUGAGAUCUAUGGAUUUGAUUAUGAUUAUACCCUGGCCCAGUAUUCAGAUAUGUUACAUAAGAAGAUAUUCACUACUGCUAGAGACAUCCUCAUACAACAGUACAAGUAUCCAGAGGGAAUUAAGAAGUAUGAUUAUAUCCCAGGAUUUGCAAUAAGAGGCCUGCACUAUGAUAUACAGAAGAAUCUGCUGAUGAAGAUCGAUGCAUUUCAUUAUAUCCAGUUAGGAACAGCCUACAGAGGUCUGAAGCCUGUCCCCGAUGAGGAGGUCAUAGAUUUAUAUGGUGGCACGCCCCAUAUUCCGCUUAUAGAGAUGAGUGACUUCUAUGGGAAGGGUCCAACAAUGAAGCAGUUCAUGGAUAUUUUCUCUCUACCUGAGAUGACUCUGAUCUCCUCUGUUACCGAUUUCUUCAUCAGCAAUGGUAUUGACUUCGACCCAGUUCACCUUUAUAAAGAUACAACAGAUGCAAUUCGUGAUGUCCAUGUUAAACGGAUGAUGUAUGAAUGGAUUGAAAAGGACAUGGAGCACUACAUCCUUCAUGGGGAAGAAGUUUUUGCUGUUCUGAAUCGACUUGUAAAACACAACAAGAAACUCUUUCUUAUCACCAACAGCCCCUUCACCUUUGUAGAUAAGGGAAUGAAGCACAUGGUGGGGAAGGACUGGAGAGAUCUCUUUGAUGUGGUUAUAGUACGGGCUGACAAACCUGCUUUUUUCACCGACCGACGCAAGCCAUUCAGGAGACUAGAUGAACAUGGUUCUCUUCAGUGGGACAGGAUCACUAGCCUAGAAAAAGGAAAAAUAUACAAGCAGGGAAACCUCUUUGACUUCCUAAGAUUAACAGGCUGGAGAGGGUCCAAGGUGUUGUACUUUGGUGAUCACCUUUACAGCGAUCUGGCAGAUCUCAUGUUACGUCAUGGCUGGAGAACUGGAGCCAUUGUUCCUGAAUUAGAGAGUGAAAUUCGGAUAAUAAACACUGAACAGUACAUGCAUUCACUGACCUGGCAACAAGCACUUACUGGGCUACUGGAGCGGAUGCAGACUUAUCAAGAUGCUGAGUCCAAACAAGUUCUUAUGGAGUGGAUGAAAGAGCGUCAAGAAUUAAGGUCUAUUACAAAGAACCUAUUCAAUCCCCAAUUUGGCAGCAUUUUUAGAACUUACCACAACCCAACAUACUUCUCCCGGAGGCUGAUCAGAUUCUCUGACAUCUACAUGGCUUCCAUCAGUUGCCUUUUAAAUUAUGAUAUCAACUUUACAUUUUAUCCACGACGUACCCCUCUGCAACACGAGGCCCCAUUAUGGAUGGAUCAGCUUUGCACUGGCUGCAUGAAGACCCCUUUCUUAGAUGAGAUGGUUCAUAUCCGAUAACAGGAAGAUUUACAAGGAGUUUGCAAGAACUGUCCAUCACAUCCAGAGGGUUCCAUUUCUUAUAACAACCCUAUGAAGAAGGUCAAGCUUCUCGAAAGUGGCUUGUUGUGCAUAUGGUACCUUAAGUGGUAUGACAUGUAGUGGUAAUACCAUAAACUACACCACCACUGCAUCUAGAAAGUUUAAUAAUACAUGUAGGAUUUCUUCUGCAGGGGAGAGUUUCUAUACAUUUCCUUUCAUGGGUAAGGCUGCUUUCACACUAUGAGCAUUCAUCCGAUAUUAAACAUCCGUUUUCUGUGUGAAAACGUAUGUGAAAUAACGGGUGCUAACGGAUGAAUAAAUAUUCAUCCGUUAAGGCCCGUUAUGACAUCCCUCAUGUACAGCCGUUUUAACACCUCUGCCUACAGACUCCCACAGCCGGGACUACUAAUACUCCCAUCAUGGAACAGACUUGUUUCCAUGAUGGGAGUAGUAAUUCCCUGGCUGCGGGAGUCUGCAGACAGCUGGGGAGGCUACAUUAGUGUUUGUACUACAACCCCCAUCAUGGAUCAGAGUCUGUUCCAUGAUGGGGUUGUAGUACAGGGGCUGAGGGAUUGAUCGUCUUCUGGCACUAUGCGCUGCUAAUAGAAAUACUCUUCAUUCAUAGCGCUGCAGGGGUAUAUGUAUAUAGAAGCGCUGGGGGUGCACACAUUUAGUGUUAUCUACCCCCCCCCCCCCAGCGCAUCUACCGUAUUUAUCGGCGUAUAACACACACUUUUUAGGCUAAAAUUUUUAGCCUAAAGUCUACCUGCGUGUUAUACGCCGAUAAGCCGCUGCAGUUCAAUGAUUUAAAGCGGGCGCUUUAAAUCAAUGAACUGCAGCGGCUUUGCAGGUGCAGAGACCGCCACCGCUGCCGGCUUCUCUGCUCCUGCCUGUCCUGGGGUCUAGAGCCCUGCUGCCGGCCCUUCUCUCCCCCUGGCUAUCGGUCCCGCUGCCCGUUCUCUCCCCCUGACUAUCGGUGCC